AUGGCUCUUCCGUGGAUAUACCCCGUCCGAAUCGUGCAAGCGCUCUUUGGCAUCAUCGUGAUCGGACUGACAGGAUAUGUGGUCUCCACAUGGGAUGGUUGGGCUUGGUCGGAUACAGUCAACUUCCUCCUCUUCCUCGGAUGCUGGACCGCCUUUGUCGCAGUGCCCUACCUCGCUCUGGCACCGAUAUGGUUCCCCCGCCUGGCGCACCGCUAUGUGGUUCCUGCUGUUGAAGUGAUCACCAUGAUAUUCUGGUUUGCAGGGUUUAUCGCAAUGGGCGCGCUGCUACCUCGACCUCGGUUGUGUCAUUCGAGCGUAUGUAGCUCACUGCAGGCAGCAACGGUAUUUGGUGCCAUCGAAUGGGUCCUAUUUGCUGUCACGAGUUAUUUCGCUAUUGUCGACGUUAUGCAUCACCGGCGUGGAGUGGCACCGAAAACACACCACAAUGCCCAUCUCGGGGUUUGA